CUCGAGGGUUUGACCCCGCGGGGUUUCCGUCGCGGCGCUUGAACGUCAUCGCGCCGCGACGACCUUGGUGGCUGCCUCGCGCGUGCUCCGACCACGGCAACAGCAGCAGCAGCAUGUCGACUGUGGUGAGGAAAGCGCUGAACGUGCACGCCAAGUUGAUCAUCGGCAAGGUGAUCGGCACCAAGAUGUGCAAAACGGCCAAGGUGCGGGUCACGAGAAUGGUGCUGGACAAGUACCUGACCAAGUUCUUCAACCGCCGCAAGACGUACUUUGCGCACGACCCCGAGGAGCGCUGCAUGGUGGGUGACGUGGUGCUGCUCAAGGCUCUGUCUGAGCGACGUGGGAAACACGUGUGCCACGAGGUCGCCGAGAUCGUCUUCAAGCUGGGCGCGAUCGUCGACCCCGUCUCGGGCAAGCGCUGUGCCGGUGGCGUCUAUCUGGAGCCCCCCUAUGGGCCGCCCUCACCAACUGAGCCGACCACCGCACCCUCGGAAUCCGUGGCGGGUGCGGGCGACCAACUGGCUGCGGAUUUGAGUCGGCUGAGCGUGGCCGCAGAGGCUAAAAAUGAGAAGCAGAGCUAGCUCUUGCGUGGGGAGAGCAAGGCGAGCAGGAACUUUUACAGCUAAGAUUCUUCUUCAAUAGCUUGUUGUGCUUGGCUGUAAACUAAUGAGUCGGCCCCACAAAGAUCCGCGGUUUGAAACCCGGGCUGCCUUUCAAGAUGUAACCUGUAUCACAGAAGUAACAAGCUCAAUGGUCAUCACCUGGUUGCCAGUUACUGCAGAAGCAACACCUUCAUUUAAAUUUACUUUCACAAUUUCGUGGAGUCCACAUUUUCACGUCUUAUUUGGCACAGCCAGAGAUUACAGGCUGGAGAGGUGCAAGAUCCUUCCUUCACCUCCAUUAUGGGUGCUCUCCUACGACAGGGGAGGGGGCGGGGGGGAUCUAAAAUUGGAGCGCUUUUCUCCGUGCCUAAAUGCCAACACGUUUGAAACAUAAUUGGCUAAGUCAUUAUCAGAUGUAAUCUAUCUACUGUCCCAGAGCCGUUUCCAUCUCUCACAAUUCCUGUGACGCAACAAUCCAGCGAGCACCUGCACAAGACCUGAUUUCCAUUUCCCCGGUGGAUAGUGGACGCCCUCUUAAAUGCGUUGCAACCCCCCUACUGCCACUGUCAUUCGUCACCAUCGGUCACGAUCCCUUUUUGCGAUGUGUUGUGCCCAAACCCACUUUUUCUGUACGUAUGUUGAACUUCUUUUACACCUUAUGUAGCCAACUGUGCUAACAGACUGACGUGUUUAACUGGUGUAUGGUCUCUCACCCGUCGUUCUUGACGUCACUCGGUGCAAUUCCAAGCACGCGUCUUUCUAUUUUCACACUUUUUUUUAUAAUUUGUAAAAAUGUCCUUGUUUCGGAUCCUUGUUACAGCAGGUGACAUGGAUUAAUUAAAAAGUUCUUCUGUUGGAACAUUAAUGUUGCCUUUCAUUAUCAAGUCCAGCUUUCCCCAAUCCAAUCUGCUCUUCAAACAAAGCGAAAACCAUUCUAAAUAUUUGGACUGGUCGACGAUAUGACGCACCGUCGAGAGAUCUACGUCCAUUCUAGACUUGGAAGUUUUCGUGACUGCAAGGAUCCAUACUCUUGGUUCUUUCGGUAAAGUCACGUAGGUAGAGAAAAUAAAAUAAAACAAAGAACGACGUUUCGGGCGCAACACGCAUUCGUCAUCAGGCAGGGACAACCACAGAUCUACAUCUGGUAAUGGAUUGACAAAGGGUUGUAAACAAAGUAUUUCGAAUGUAAUCGAUAAAAAAUCUUGUUAUUUAUAUCAUGUUACGCAUCUCAUAUUGCAUGACAAAUAUGCUUUGUACAAAUGUGUGUAAAAAUGUAGGCUAAUCUGUUACUUGUAUGGUAAUGAAGCAAACAUUACAACUUUUAAACGAUACCCGAGUGAGAAACGAUGAAAAAAAACGAGACGCAAAAUUGGUGUUUGUGCACUGGCACCCCAAAGUGGUGCAGCAUGAGAGAGGUGGAGGAGCAAGACAUUACCCUACUUUGAGUCACAGACAUGGACAGAGACACGGAGUCAAAGAAAGAGAGAAAUGGAGAGACCAAAUUUUUCCUAGCAUCCUAAUUUUUAG